AUGCACCCUGUGUGAGACACUAUGUCACUGGGAACUGCCCAGCGAAAGAGCAAAGCAGUCCAGAGGCUAUGGGAAUAUUGCACAGCUCAACACAGUAGAGGCUUCUCUGACACUUUAGGGCUCAGGAGUGCACAGAACGUGGAACAGAGUUCAUACUCGGUGAACAUAGGCCUUCCCAGCCAUUCAAUCCCCACAAUCCCCAGCUGGCCAGCCUACGUCACUCAUACAUCUCCAGUGGUCAACAUGCUAGUUGAGCAAGACAAGUUGAGAAAGGCCGGUCCCCAAGGAACUUCUCAGGACUGCAGACAAAGAACAGGCAGCAGCAAGAAAAGAUGCGUAUGCACACCAAGCAGUACAUCUCAAGAAGCAGAUUUCACCGGGACAGCACGAGUGCUGUCGAGGCCAAGGGAAAAUAACAGCCCCCUUAGGAUUGCUAAGAAAUCUACGGCCAACAUGGAGGGCUUGUUUUUCCACAGUAAUUCAUCAUACCUUCCAAUUAAAGGUAACAGGGUUAUUUUCUCCAGAAAACCCCCCUUCCGUGUGCUACCAGAUCGUUCCCAGAUGUCUUCCAGCAAGGCAAAGUCAACUGCCUGAAGUUAGUAAAGUAGAUCUCAAGCAUUCUGCCUCACCACUCCAGAGUGCAUUAAAGUUCCUCUGCAACUAACUUCUAGUUUUUUAUUGUUUCUUUAAAAGCCACUGUCUGCCUCAUGUAUAACAUUGCAUGGAGGAUUGAACUAUAUGGACAGAGCAAAAAUCAUGCCACUGUAUUUGUUCACUAGUGUCUUGGAAAUGCCCUGCAAAGGGAUAUAGUAUUGAAGUCCAGCAUGCAAAUGCUUGCGCGCGCACACCCACCCACCCAAAUAUUUCCGCACAGGGCCUAAUUCUUUCGUGCCUUGAAUCUUGUGCCCUGGUUUUCAUUGGUGCACAGUGAGUGCAAGAAGCUGUCUUCCUUAUUUGGUGAUGUUUUACAACCACUGGGCACUGGGUUUGCAUGGGUGUAAAUGACCGUACCAGAUGAAGAUCAUGAUUAAGGAAGAGGAAAUUACACACAGGGUAUGUCUGCAACCUCUUCCCUGACUCCCUUGGGGGCAGAGGAAUGCUUCUGAUCAUCCUGCUCUCAUAUACUAAAUGUAGAAAUAGGGGGGUAAAGCUACUUCAGGGGAAUCUUCUAUGGCUGUUCAGAAUCACAGCAGUUGCAUAUGGGAAACUGAGGCACAGAAGAAUUACAGUCAAAAGCAUCUGCAAGUCUUAAAUAUCCAGUUUGAGGUACCUGCAAGCUUGCUUCCCAGAGUGCUCAACAUCUGCUAGCAUUUCAGAUACUGAAAGCAUACUACUUAUUAACUUUAGUUACAGCUGUGAUUGCUCAGCUGUAGGAACACACACAACGACAUACAGAAACUCUGUGACAGAGAUAGGAAUAGAAUCCAGCUUUCCAGGACAGAAGUCAACUCCCUUAAUCAUCCAGUCACGCUUUCUCUUCCUUCACUCCCCUGCCACAUUCACUGCAUGCAUUUUCCAACUUCUGCAACAAUGAGGUAAUCCAAUGGACAAUAGCCCCCUUUUCUACAUAGCCCUGAUUCAUGCACAGAGCAGGUUUGUUCUGUACACUGAUUGAGACGUGGUCCUGCAAUAAAAAUAGCAAGUGACCAUUUAAUUAAAGAAUAUAUCUUUGUGAAUCUGCACAAAAGAGCUGGCUUCUUUGCACUCUCUGGGCAUAUCUACAUGUGCAUUUACACCAGCUUAAAUUUACUGCACAGUAAGUUACUGCUCAGAAAGCAGGAACAGACCGGUGUCUACACACGCAGAUGUUACAGUGCAUCAAUGCUAUGUGUGGUCUGAUUUAGGACUAAAGUUAGUCCCAAGUCAGUCCACACACACAGUGUUACUGCACAGUAAUGUGUCUACAUGUGCAUUACUGCUCAGUAAUUAAUUGGACAUAGAUUUUAUACUUGCAUGAUGCAGGUAUCAAAUUUACACUCAAGUUGGCAUAAGGUGCCAUAUUUACUGUGCAGUACAG